AUGAUACGGUGCGACUUUCUUGCAAGUAUGUGGCCCGUGGCAGUGGUUUGGGUGUCGCUGAAACAACUUGUUUUUGGUGCUUCAUCAUGGCCCCAAACCAGAACGAGAGGGAAAGAACUUUGUGCCAAACUUGGCCCUUUGAUUUUGAGUGAUGCACAUCCUGUGUUCAUUUUCAACGCUGGGUUGCCAAGGAAAGUGGAAUAUUUCAGUGGCGGCUUCAAGCGGUUCACACAGGCUGAAUUGUGGCAACUGGUGGUGCGCCGGCCAACGAAUGCGCACUCCAUUGAGGACUUCCACCCAGGGCAGCAUUUGGUGCUCCAGGGCCUGGGCCGCGCGAGCACCGAUCGCUAUGUGGCACUGGUGGCUGCUGGGCUCCUGUUGCCGAUCCAAUGGAUGUUUAUGGGCAUUUCAUGUGGGGAUUCUGAACUCAGAGUGUCUACAGGGGUUGGAGGUUCAGCACAAUUUUCACUUGCGACUUUUCUAUGGCAUGUGCAUGUAGGCAUAAGAAUUUCAAUCUAUCUACAUGUGAGGGAUGUGAUGCCCAGCAGGCUCGUCCGAUUCGGAGCGGCCUCCCCCGUCUUUCCCCCGGCCUUCGGACGAGCAAGACUCGAAGCUGUGAGCCGCAUUGGUGGUGCGGCUUUCCGCUACUAG